ACAGCAGGGUCUGUGUAACAUACAGGAGUGCACACACUAUAACAGCAAUCCAAUAGCUUCUGUCUGCACAGCACAGCUAGACCCACAUCCUCAGCACAUUAAUAGACCCCAAUUCAGCAAUACAAGACCUUCAGCUUCUGCACAGAUUGAACUAAGGCCUCUUUCUCUCUUCAGACACUAAAACAAAAGACCCAGCAACCACAGACACGCAUAAAUACUAGACCUGCACACACUGAAUCUACAGUACCUGUGCUCUCUCCCCCUGCAGACAUGCCAACAGAUUUCAAUGGCUACUGGAAGAUGUUAAGCAAUGAAAAUUUUGAGGAUUAUCUGAAGGCUCUUGAUGUUAACGUUGCCAUCAGGAAAAUUGCAACACUAUUAAAACCGGAUAAAGAUAUUGUUCAAAAUGGGGACCACAUGGUUAUUAAAACGCUGAGCACCUUUAGAAACUACAUCAUGGAAUUUGACGUGGGAAAAGAGUUUGAAGAGGAUUUAUCUGGGGUGGAUGAUCGCAAAUGCAUGACUACGGUGAGCUGGGAAGGUGACAAGCUGGUGUGUGUGCAGAAGGGGGAGAAAGACGGACGUGGCUGGAAACAGUGGGUGCAAGGAGAUGAGUUGCACCUGGAGAUGCGAGUGGGAGGUAUUAUGUGCAAACAGGUUUUUAAGAAGGUUCCCCAGUGACGACGACUCUGAUAGCGCAGAAGUCAACUAUCCUUAGUAGUGUAAUUAAAAGUUGUUUGUGAUUCCUCUCUUAUUACAGUAUUAUGAUUUAGGAUUUUUUUGUUUUUUUUAUGUGACUUUAGGUACCUUAAUAAAAACACUAGCUUAAGUU